AUGGCUGACAAUGUUACGUUACACGACAGCCUUGCUAUCAAUAUUCCACUCAGAUCUCAUCACGAAACUGAAAUAAAAAAUGAUAGCGAACCACCUGUCUAUCAAAAUCUACAACUUAAUUUUAAUGGUGAAUGGAAGGAUCGCGGCUUUGCUAUUGUGUUCUGGAUUCAUAUUACUGUCGUCGUUGUCGUUGGUUUAGUUUUAGGCGUACCGACUCUACUUUCGAAUACGCCACAAAUUUCACUGGGUCAAGGGAAACAAAUAUCUUCUGAAUUCGCCAUUGAACCUUUUGUGUACUCAUUGAGUGGUACAGCAGCUGUCUGUGGAUCACUUUCUUUUCUCAUAAUAUUCGCUCUUCAACUCUGCGCUGGUCAACUUAUCAAAUGUUCAUUUUUUAUACUUAUUAUCAUGCAAAUUUUGAUGGCAAUGGCCUUUUAUUUCGUAGAACCACUUUUGUGCUUCAUACCAGGAGCGUUUUUAUUGAUCACUUUGAUUUAUAUAUCGUGUGUUAGAAAACGUAUCGCUUUUGCUGAAGUGCAUUUACAAGCAGGAUGUGCUGCGUUACGUAGUCACCUCUCGUUGGUAUUAGUACUACUAGUCAUGCUCAUUGUAGAAUUCAUGUGGUUUGUCUUCUGGUGUCUGAUGCUAGUGGGUGUUACAGGUGUCAUAUUUACUAAUGCAGACAAGAAUUCGACUUCUAAUAUUGGAGUAUGGUGGUAUUGGUUGAUUGGUAAAAUCGUUUUAUUUCUCUUAUUAUUAUCAUUGUAUUGGGGUGCAGUUACAUUUGGAAAUAUUAUUCAUUUCAUAACAGCAUGUACUGUUGGUGAUUGGUGGUUUACUAUUGAUGGUAGUGGAAACUACGGAAUGGUCAAUAGUAUUAAGAGAGCAUUUACGACAAACCUAGGAACGAUUUGUUUUGGAUCACUUUUUGAAACUAUAAUAAAAACUUUACGGUUUUUUGCACGUGAUGGACGUCGAAAUAAUAUAUUAACCUGCAUUAUUGACUGUAUUCUUCAAACGAUCGAAAAAUUAGUUGGCUAUCUGAAUGAAUGGGCAUUUACUUUUGCAGCACUUACUGGUGAAGGUUUUGUUCAAGCUAGUCGAAGUUUUAUAGAACUGUUUAAAAAACGUGGCUGGACGGCAAUCAUCAACGAUAGUAUUAUUGAAACUACAUUCAUGAUUAUCAAUCUUGGAAUAGGUCUCAUAACAGCUAUCACUGGUACCUGUAUUACCCAUAAUAUGAUGACUGAAUCGGCGGAAAAAAUUGGAUUUGUAGUGAUUAUAGCUUUUAUUAGUUUUUUAAUUGGUAUAUUUAUGAGUUCAAUCAUCACAACACUUUUGAAAUCAUGUGUACGUACAGUAUUUGUUUGCUUUGCUCUUCAUCCAGCAGCAUUAGGCGCGACACAUCCUGACUAUUUGCAAAAGUUAACCAAAGUUUGGCACAAGUUCUAUCCAGAAGAAUUUGCCAACAGCGGUUAUGCUAAUGAAUUUAAGGAGCCAAUCGUUUAG